CAGAGCCACUGAUGACCAGUGAACUUUACGAGGACUGGAUUCAGGCGUCAAAUAUUCAGGAUAUGGACAAGAGACUACAAGCUCUGCUGGCGGCGUGCGAAAAACUACCAACUGACAACUUCAACAACUUCAGAUACUUAAUCAAGUUCCUAGCCAAGCUAGGAGAUUAUCAGGACUCCAACAAGAUGACUCCUGGUAACAUGGCCAUAGUUCUGGGUCCCAACCUGCUCUGGACCCACUCCAACGAGAGUGGGAACAUGACAGAGAUGAUGACCACAGUGUCUCUUCAGAUAGUGGGGAUCAUAGAACCCAUCAUACAGCACGCUGACUGGUUCUUCCCUGGAGAUAUUGAGUUUAAUCUGACGGGCUGCUACGGCAGUCCCGUACACACCAACCACAACUCAAACUACAGCUCCAUGCCUUCGCCAGACAUGGACCAAUCAGAACGCAAGCUGCCGCAUGACCAUGGCAGACGCCCACUCAGCGUUGCCACUGACAACAUGAUGCUGGAAUUCUACAAGAAGGAUGG